UGUGUGCCCCCGGAGACUGCAGUCCAGUGGGUUCUGAAGACAAGUGCAACAUUAAAGAAGGUCCAAACUUACAAGGCUACGAGAUGAAGAUCUGGCAACUGCCUUCCAUGCUCCUUGUUUUUAUAUCAAGUGUCUCUCCUCACCCUCAUCACUUAUUUGAGUAUGAUGAGCUAAGCCAGUAUGUUGACAGCCAUCAGGAGGAAUAUGUACAGACUCUGCGGGACUGGGUUGCUGUAGAGAGCGACUCCAGUGAUGUCUUGAGGAGGCCAGACUGCCAUCGCAUGAUGGAUAUGACGGCUGAGAAACUACAAGCCAUGGGAGGGAAGGUGGAACUAGUGGACAUCGGCGUACAAGAGCUGCCUGAUGGCAAGACAUUGGCCUUACCCAAGGUUGUGACAGCCCAGUUUGGCAGUGACCCCAGUAAGCAGACAGUCUGUGUGUACGGACAUGUGGAUGUUCAGCCUGCUAAACUAGAGGACGGCUGGGCCACUGAACCCUACAACCUGACAGACAUCAACGGAAACCUCUACGGCAGAGGGGCGUCUGACAACAAGGCCCCUGUCUUAGCCUGGAUCCAUACAGUGGAGGUCUACCAGGCCCUCAGCAUUGACCUGCCAGUCAAUGUGAAGUUCAUCAUCGAGGGGAUGGAGGAGACCGGGUCCAAUGGCCUGGACGCCAUGAUCGUGGCGCGGAGAGACACGUUCUUCUCCGAUGUCGAUUACAUCAUCAUCUCGGACUGUGGUUGGCUGAGCCGACGCCCCGCCCUCACCUACGGGACCAGGGGGAACUGCUACUUCUUUGCUGAGGUAGAGGGCCCCAAACAGGACCUACACUCAGGGGUGUAUGGAGGCACUGUUAUAGAGCCUAUGACAGACCUGAUCGGCAUAUUGGACACACUGAUCAGCCCCAGUGGAAAGAUCCUCAUCCCAGGCAUCAGAGAGGCCGUUGCCCCACUCUCAGAUGAAGAGUGGAAGAUGUACCAGGACAUUGACUUUGACAUUGAGAGCUAUAAGUCCAAGAUCGGCGUCAGCCAACUCAUGUACAGCAACAAGGUAGAUCUGCUGGCCCAUCGUUGGCGCUACCCUACUGUUACUAUCCAUGGCAUCGAGGGGGCCUUCUCUGGCCCUGGCACCAAGACGGUCAUCCCUGCUAAAGUCAUUGCCAAGUUCUCCAUCCGACAGGUCCCCAACAUGGACCCAGCAGUGGUCAAGAAAGAGGUCACAGACUACCUGAACUCUGUGUUUGCCAAGAGAAAGAGCCCCAACAAGCUGAAGGUGACCAUAUUAGCAGACACCAAGCACCCCCUGUACGAGGCAGGGAAAGCAGCCGUGAAGAGAGUGUUUAACGUGGAGCCAGACCUGAUCCGUGAAGGGGGAACCAUUCCCAUCGCCAAGACCUUUGAGGAUGUGACCGGGAAGAGCAUCAUCAUGAUGCCCAUCGGAGGCUUCGACGACGGCCUCCACUCCCAGAAUGAGAAGAUGAGCAGGUACAACUACAUAGAAGGGACCAAGUUGUUCAUUGCCUACCUCCAUGAAGUGGCCCAUCUCAAGAAGAACUGAGAGCACCUCUUUUUUUUCACCACCAUUAAAAUACAGUUCUAUCAUGUUUAGCUUGUAUGAGUUCCCAUCAGUGGAGUCAGGCUUUUCUUAGCCUUUUUCCUGACGUUAUGUUGUAACUUUUCUUGUUUCUUUCCCUCUAAGCAAAACAUUCCAGAAACCAUGUGAGUUCUUUGCAUCUGAUAUAGCCUCAACACUCUGCUUCUCUCUCUUGCUCUCUCGCUCUCUCUCUGUAUCUUUCUUCCUCCCUCACUUUCCUCCUUUCUCUCUAUCAUUCACACACAAAUAUCUACUUGAAACAGCAAAUAAAACUGGUUUGACCAGUUUUUUUUAUGCAUGCAUGCAUGAACACACACACACAGAUGUAUCAACAGUGUCUUAUUUCCUUUUAAAGGAUUGGUUGAGGACAUAUUGUUUUCUCUCACCCAUUCCUUUCCCAGGUACAACUACAUAGAAGGGACCAAGUUGUUCAUUGCCUACCUCCAUGAAGUGGCCCAUCUCAAGAAGAACUGAGAGCACCUCUUUUUUUUCACCACCAUUAAAAUACAGUUCUAUCA